CCAAUGAUGCACUUAAGUUCGGGUCGAUUAUUGGCCGGUGUUUUAAGCAUAUCUGUAUUUGUCUGUUUAAUCCUGUAUAAUUCAUUGGAAACACAAACUUUCGAACAUCAACGAAAUUAUGAAGAUCAACAGUUAGAAUUGGAAAAGUUAGAAAAGCAGAUCAAUCUAUUGGAAAAUGAUGCUAGAAGGAGUGGCCAAUUAAUGCAGAGCAUGUUAAAGAAAGUUUUUGAAGAACGUCAAGAAUUGAAAAGUAAAACUAGUCAAAGAAUGAAAGAUGAGGAAAAAGAAAAGGAAAAUGUUGAUGGAGCUGCUGUUGGUUUUUUGCCACCUCCAAAGAAAGCUGAACAGAUUAAAAAAGAGGCCCGUAAUGCGGAAGAAGCUGCGCAACAGAAAGCACAAGAAGAACAAGCAAUACAUGGAGUCAUCCAUCCUCCAGAAGAACCGCGGAAGGCCGUGGAAAUGCCGGAUAAUAUAGGUGGGAAGGUUGGCAUUGUUAGACAGUUUUUGGAUCGUAUUUCUUCGAUUCCACCAGAUAAUAUGUGUUUUGCGGCUAUAUCCAUGACAACACCCGAUAACAACAAUAUCCAAAUGUUGGACAUAUAUACUAAACUACCAUUUGAUGAUCCAGAUGGUGGGGUGUGGAAGCAAGGUUAUGAUAUUGUAUAUAGCGAAAAGUCGGUGCAGCGUGAAAAAAGACUUGAAGUAAUUGUAGUACCUCAUUCUCAUAACGAUCCAGGUUGGAUAAGGACUUUCGAAGAAUAUUAUGAAACUCAUACACGAAAUAUACUCAAUAAUAUGUUAAACCAUUUGCAAAAAAUGGAUGAAAUGCGUUUUGUUUAUGCGGAAAUAAGUUUUUUUGAACGAUGGUGGGCAGAAAUUGAUGAAGAGAAGCGAGAAUUAGUGAAAGGGCUUUUAAAAUCACGAAAAUUGGAAAUAUUAACCGGUGGAUGGGUGAUGCCCGAUGAAGCUAAUUCGCAUUACUAUGGAUUGAUCAGUCAAUUAAUGGAAGGACAUGAAUGGAUUCGCAAUCAUAUUAGCGAAGAUUACAAACCAAGGAACCACUGGUCAAUUGAUCCUUUUGGUUUAAGUCCCACAAUUUCAUACUUUAUGAAAUUGUCGAAUUUUUCGAAUGGUGUACUUCAACGAGUACACUAUUCGGUGAAAAAGUAUUUGGCAGAAAGGAAAGAGCUAGAAUUUAUGUGGAGACAGUUAUGGGGCAACCGUGACAAUUCAACAGACUUUGCUACACACAUCAUGCCAUUUUUUUCAUAUGAUAUACCUCAUACAUGUGGUCCGGAUCCGAAGAUAUGUUGUCAGUUUGAUUUUAGACGUACCCCAGGAGGUGGCUUGGAUUGUCCAUGGAAAUUACCAGCGGUCCAUAUCACCGAAAAUAACAUUAAGGAGAGGGCGCAAUUGUUAUAUGACCAGUACAGAAAAAAAGCACAAUUAUUCAAGACAAAUGUUGUUUUGGUGCCGUUAGGUGAUGACUUUCGUUACGACACUGAAUUCGAAUGGAAUAACCAAUAUGCAAAUUAUAUGAAAUUAUUCAAAUAUAUGAAUGCACAAAAUGCAUGGAAUGUAAAUGCUCGUUUUGGAACUGUGGAUGACUAUUUUCGCUUAGUUCAUGAACGGUUACAUGAAGAUAGCGAUAAUUUGCCGGUUCUAUCUGGCGAUUUUUUUACAUAUGCUGACCGAAAUGAUCAUUACUGGAGCGGAUAUUAUACGAGUCGACCGUUUCACAAACGUUUUGAUCGCGUUUUACAACAUUAUAUCAGGACUGCUGAAAUUUUGUAUAGUUUUAUGAGAAUGAAAGGACUGGAAGAAGACAAUGCGUUACGGCUAUUUGGCCUACUUGUAGAUGCUCGACGUUGGAUGAAUUUAUUCCAGCAUCACGAUGGAAUUGCUGGCACAUCGAAAGAUGAAGUUAUGACUGAUUAUGGCCAGAAGAUGUUUGAAGCAAUAAAAAAAUCCGAAGAAAUUAUAGUUACAGCUGCAGAUUUUUUGCUUCGCGGGAAAGCAUCAAGAAAUUCUUCCAUUACUCCAAGCCUUUUGAUGGAAGAAAAUCUUGACACAUCUGAAUCACUUCCGAAGAAACGAGUUGUGAUGCAUGGAAGUGAAAUAAUUUUAUUCAAUCCCUUGGGAAACCUGAGGAUGGAAACAAUAUGUGUUCAUGUUAAUGCUUUGAACACGAUAGUAGUGUUAGCUUCGGAGCCUACUGUAACUGUUUUGCAACAAAUUAGUCCAGUUCUUGAAUUUGUCAAUAAUAAAUGGGUUAUCGAUUCGAAAUUGUAUGAGCUGUGCUUCGUUCCAACCAUACCUCCUUUAAGCUUCCAAAAAUAUCUGUUUAAAUUUGGUACUCCACAUAACAAAGCUAUGAUCCAAUCAAGUUUUACUGGGCUGCAGAGCAGUGAUUUUGAUACUGCGCCACUGGGAAACUUCACCUUUGAUAAUGGUUUAAUAUCAGCAGUAUUUGACCCCAAAACAGGUCAUUUGGCUUCUGUAUCAUUAAAACAAGGGAAGAGUAUACCGGUAAAGACAUCAUUCGUCUGGUAUGGAGCGAGGAUGAAGAGCCCAUUACCUCUGAAAGGUACCGACAAUCCUUCUGGUGCAUAUUUAUUCCUACCAAAUGGUCCAGCAAAACCAUUAAAAAUCAAACAGUCAUUUUUAGCUAUUCAAGGAAGAAUAAUGCAAAAGGUGUUGAUAGCUAAUGAUGGAAACAUGACUUUCACUCAUAUUAUCAAAAUGCCACUAUUAUCACCAUCGAUAGAGAUCGAAAAUACAUUUCAUUUGGAUAAUGUUCAGAAUGUUGAGUUAGCGAUGCGAUUGGAAGCUGGAAUUGAUAAUGGUGAUGAGUUUUUCACUGAUCUUAAUGGAUUUCAGAUGGUGAAACGACGUAGAUUCAAGCAACUACCACUACAAGCUCAUUUCUUUCCCAUGUCUUCUUCAGCUUUCAUGGAAGAUGAAACCUUACGUAUGACGCUUUUGAGUGCUCAACCUUCAGGAGUUGCAAACCUUGCCAGUGGACAGUUGGAUGUAAUGUUGGAUCGACGCUUAAAUCAAGAUGACGGACGAGGUCUUUUCAGUGGUAUAACGGAUAAUAGAAAAACAACAAGCUCUUUCCGACUCUUGUUUGAAGUUCCUUCUCGAAAAAUAUCGGUGAAUACGAAAGCUAGAAUUACUGCUUAUCACUCGAUGCAUGCCUAUGGUCAGAUGCUGUCACUUUUAUAUCCACCUGUAGUACUGUUGAGUAGUUUGAAUGAAGGCUAUAUCGAUAAUUAUAAAUUGAUGAAUAUUUUAUUCUCAUGUGAUGAUACACAUCUGAUUACGUUACGUACCUUAGCAGCUCCAACAAUUUACGACAACAAUUCUGUUCGCAUUCACAUUCCUCGCAAUUCAUAUGCUGUUGUUUUACAUCGCUUUGGUAUCGAUUGUCGCUUUACCACUAAAUUAUUAGAAACAUGCAGUGCUAUGCUUGAUAUGAAGCGUUUAUUUAUGAAGACAGCUUCACGUGUAACAGAGACAUCGUUAACAAUGUUAUACGAUCAUCUUGGUGACGUGAAUGACGUAUUAUUAGAACCAAUGGAAGUGCGAACAUUCAGGCUAGACUACAUAUGAAGUAUUUUUUUGCUUUGUGGACAGUACUUUACAAUCAUCCUUACUUAGCGG